GAUCCAAACACCACCCUCAGCGCGUCUGGUCUACGCGCGACACCACACUCCUUCGGUACACACUCGCGCAUACGAUAAUCGCAAACAUGAAGUCCUUCGCCGUUUCUGCGGCCGCAAUCAUUGCCGGCCUGGUCUCUACGACUACCGCGCAGACGCACACGGACUGCUACCCGCUCAAUACGACAGGAUGCCCCGACAUGGAGGCUCUCGGCGGCAAUGUGACUUUUCUGUGGAAUAAGACAGGUAUUCCACGGGAUGACAAGAUCUGGAAGACGCCGAACCAGGGCAAGAUCGACUGGGUCGAGAAGGGCGCAACUUUUACUAUUGAACGAUCGGGCGACUCUCCCACUGCGAACUCGGUCUUCUACAUGCUCUUCGGACGUCUCGAAGUCAUUAUGAAGGUGGCUACCGGUACCGGAAUCAUCUCCAGCGCUAUCCUGCAGUCUGAGGCGCUCGACGAGAUUGACUGGGAGUUUAUCGGCGACAAGAAGACGAUUCUCACCAACUACUUUGGCAAGGGAGAUACCUCGACCUACGACCGCGGCAAAGACUUUGAGCUUGACUUUGCGCCACAAGAAGACUUCCACAACUACACCAUUGAUUGGACCAAGGACCGCAUUGAGUGGUUGGUUGACGGCAAGAGUAUCAGGAACCUUACUUUCGAAGAGGCCAAGGGAGGGACCCGCUACCCCCAGACACCCAUGAACAUUCGACUCGGUGCAUGGGCUGCUGGUGACCCAAGCAAGAACGACCCCGGUGUUGUCAAAUGGGCUGGCGGUGAAACCGACUUCAGCAAGGGCCCGUACACCAUGACCAUCCAGUCAGUGUAUGCUCAAGAUUACACGAGCGCUGCCAAGUACUCGUGGGAGAACAUGGACUCAUCUGGUGAUUGGCAAAAGGUCAAGGUCAUCGAGGGGAAGUCUGAAGUGCUCGAGGAAAUCCAGUCACCUCACGGCGUCAGGAACCGCUUCGCGGCUUUAUCCAGCGGUGCCAAGGCCGGCAUUGCCAUCGGCGCUGUUUCGGCCGUUGCCAUUGGCGCUCUUGUCAUCCUCUUCUGCUGCAUCAAGCAACGCCGCAUUGGCAGGAAGGAACACGAGGCCCUUUUGGCUGCGGAGCAAAAGGAGGCCGCUGAGCUGAACGAGUACAAGUCGCAGAUGCAGGCUGGCCGGUUUGCCGUCGGCGGCGGCGCCGGUCGUGUUUAGAUUGCGCAAAGGCAUUGGUUGGGAGUUGCGAUUGUACAGUCUUUAAUUGAGAUGGGUUCUCUUUGCUACCAAUGGUUUG